CGAGCGUUGAUCACCACGCGAAUGAAUACUCCCACUGGGCAACAAUGCGCUGAACAGAAGUCGCUGGUUCAGAUCCCACGUGAAUGAGCGCAAACGCUCCAGCGACACCGCAGCGACUGUUUUGUUUACAUUCGUUUAAGCCACCUUCCCUCUGUUUUCCGAUCCUUUGGCUCCCAAUAGCGAUUGCAGCCUCCUUUUGCUUGUCAUUCAACCAACAUCAUCCUCGACCGAACCGUUUGAUAUCCUGGCACGCAUCUGCAAGCGACCACGCUGAUGACUCGACCGAAGUACACGAGAAUAUAUGCGCUCGUGGAGACCGCGUAGAGCGCUAGAUCGGCUCACUGGGAGUGAGACUUACCUGUGCUUGGAAUCGUUCGACUCCUCACCUGACGCCUGCGUGGAGCACUCAUGUCCAUACUGCCUUUCAGUCGCACUUCGGAGACCGCGUUUUCGACACAUCCUGGCUCUAAGUCUUCCAUUUCGCGAUACGUGAUGAACCAGGAGGAAGAACUGGAGCUACAGCAUCUGAACGCUGCGGUCGAACGUAUCAAUAAAGCUGUUCCCACCGAUCCAUAUAUAGUUACCGUACCCGACGAUCCUCCACUAUAUCGAUACUUCGACGGCCAUUUUGGGCUGGAAGGUCAUUGCGAGGGCGUUUUAUUCGAAUACGACGAAUCCCAACUCCAAUACUCAACCUUCGUCUUGAGGGACCAUGAAAAGACUCUGUUUAUGCUGCAGUCCAAACUCGAUCAAGAGAGAGAACGCCGCGCUCAGGAUAAACAGAGGAACGGACACGCCGAAGAGAGACCCACAACGUCAGCCACCAGCGCUCCCCGGAAGAAGUUGACCUUUGGGCAAUAUAAGGCGAAAAAAGAAGGCAAACUCUCGAACACUCCAACGCCAACCUUUGGGCCAACUCGGAUUGUUGGAGGCGAAGCUCGAAAGGGUAUUCCUGAAAUCAAUCUCGAUCAAGUGGUAGCGAAGCUAUCGGCGAUGCCGAUGACGCGACCGAUGGAUGCACCGGAGAAUGAUGUACUUUCAGAACAUCGCAAUGUAAGCGAAUCUGAGCAAGGGUAUUCUCAUAGCCGGAAGAGGUCCUACGAGGAAGCGAUCGGGACAAAGUCCACCCACAAACCCAAGGCGGAUUCUCGCCCGUCUGAAGAGCAGAAGCCAGCAAAGAAAUCACGGUCCUCUCCGCCGCCUCCGAGCGUUGGAAAAGAACCAUCAAAACGUAUUUCCCACGGAUCUGCAACCGAGCGUCACGAUCCCGAGAAUCUCACACCACAUGGCUUACCCCCAAUGAUAUCCCCUACCCUGCCACCGUCGAAUGGUGACUCUGCUCUAAAUUCCAAAAGUCAAUCACCACCGUGGGGUCUCCCACCUAUGCUCGACGACGACCUUCCCGAAACCAUUGAAGUUGAGUUGCGGAAACUGAGCGGAGGAAAGCAAUCGGGCAAGAAGAUUCCGCCCAAAUCGCCAGCUGUCGCCUCACCCGAUCCCUCGGCUGGUCCAAAAGCCAUUGCGCGCUCCAUGAAAAAACCUUCGGGAAGCCCAAGCUUACCUAAAAAUGGAGACUCGGUUGAUCACGAUCCACCUCGGAACGUACCUCGGGAGGCAGAUGAAGUGGCGGGUGGGACGGGGAGGCGUCGAUCGCUUAUAUCGACCCUCAAGUUCCGCAAAGCGAGUAGAGCUCGCUUGCAGUCCGUGUUGAAGGACGCUGACAACGUGACCAACACAACUAACAACCGAGUGGAUCCGGUGAAAGGAGAGAAAGUCGCCAAGAAUUCUAAGGAGCGAUCGGACUCUACUUCGGUUAGCUAUCCGCCUGCGACGAGGCGGUCUAAGGAUUCUGCGGUGCUAGAGCCAACGAAAGAGAAGCCUUCUCAGGCCGCCCCAAGUAAUGGCCUUCCAGCCAUUAACCAGUCUUCCCCGCCGGCACUUAUCACCCCGACAAUCCACACUCCAGGCAGCGCGCCGUCGAACGCGGCCACACCCUCCUCCAUCGGCCCAUCUUCGUCUACCCGGCCACGAUCCCGAGUGCGCAACACCAGCUCACCCGAAGAAUGCGAGUACUGGAAACUCCUGGCCCAACAAUACUCGACCCUCGGUCGCAAGCUGAAACGGACUUCCGGUGACAUGUUCAACUCCAAUCGAUUCAAUCCGUCGAGCCGUGAGCAUGCAGCCAGUCUCCUCCUAUCCCUCGAAUGCAUAAUGGCCUUCAUGCUCUCCUUCUACCUUGCCGAUUACCGUCGGUACCUCCGCAACAACACCCCCGGCGACCUCGAACAAUGGAAAAGCCUGCUCCCCCUCUGGAAAGAGUUCCGAGCGCGCUUCUACGUCAUUGGGAUGGACGGCGGCAAGUACAGCCCGCUCCUCGGCAUCCAUUUCGCCCUCGGCGUCGCCAUCGCGAGUCAUAUUGGCCACGUAGCACAGCAGGUCUACGAAAUGAGCAAGAACGAACGGAACCGUCCGUCGACGUCCAACGGGACCGCCGGCAAAUCCGCCCCGGUCGACAAGAACUCCUGGACCGCGCACCUCGCCCCCCCGCACGUGCUGCACGACAACCACGAGAGCCUGCUGUCCUGGUCCGCUAAAGCGUCCUCCAUCCUCUUCGACCACGUGGCUGCCGCGUUUCCGAGGACGGUGGAACGGGCCAGCAAGCGGGAGCCGCCCAUGGGCGCGUCGCAGUGGUUCACGCACAGGGCGCACCGGUUGAAGGUGUUGGGAUGGUGAAAUGGUUGCUGGGUAUCGGCGAUCCAGAAGCGGUGAUGACGGCGGUUCUGUUUAUAACGCUGUUAUGCAGGAAGUAUGAUUGGAUGAUCUCUGGCGUUUGCGAAUGGGAGUGAUUGAAGGUUCACAAAUGGUCCCCUGGCAGAGGACAGACCAACUGGAAUGGGCACCUGGGAUACCCACGGUUUAGAGGCGCAGGAUCAU